GUUUGUUCAUGCUAACAGCUGAGAGUUUAUAUGCGCUAGUGCUCCUUCCAGGUGAAUAGUUGUUGUUAGCGAGUAGACUUGAAGCAGAAGAAGGCUAAAGGGGCCCACUUCCUGCUGGGGGCGGGACAUGUUUGUGCUUGUCUCGGGUCUUUAAAUAGCAGCGCGGCCCAGACGCUAACCUUCACUGGUGCUGGUGGAGAACAUCAUCAUGAACCUUCUCAGGAUGCUAACCUUCACAUUGGCGGCCACGCUCUACCUGCUAUCUCACACCACUGAGGGCGUGGUCGUCUACGCCUGUCACAACGACACAGCAGUGAUGUCAUGUGAGGUGGGCAGCAAGAUGAAGUUGCAUCACAUCCUGUACAAAGUGGGCGUGGGCACGCGGUGUGGCGAGGGCAAGCAUCACCCCGACGACGGGCCUGACACCUUCUGCUCCUUCCCCUGGGCGGACAUGGUGGUGGAGGACCUGUGUGGCAACAGGCGCACGUGUGAGGUUCCUGUCACUGAGGUGGUGUUUGGAGAAUAUCCCUGCAAGGAGACCACCCGCUACCUGGAGGUGUCUUACACCUGUGUUGUCCUGCCCAGCAGCCCACCUGCCCCCGCCAAAGCUGACUGUGACAUCAAAGAGGAGAUGAGCGUGUGAACUUCC